GUCGUCAUCUUACAGAGUUACCAGAAGAAGGAGCAGGAGCCUUUCCUGUAGCAUUUCACCUCAACAACCUCAAAGAUGUACACAGUCUAAUGAAGAAGACAGCAAAUUUAUCUAGUUCUCGAUUAGAAAUUGCCACGGCCACCUGCAGUGAUCAUGGAAAACCUUUGGAGUUCUUCUGUGAGACAUGUGAUACAGUAAUCUGUUCCCACUGCUCAGUCCGUGAUCACAAGCACCAUGAGUGUGACCUAAUCACUGACUGUUAUGCUAAACACUCUCAAAAGCUAAGAGAACAUUUAUCACCAGUUGACAGAAAGAAGGAAGCACUCAAUGAAGUCCUGUCUGCUCUAGCAGAGAGAGAGGGUGAGAUCAGAGAGAGAGAAGAAGGAGUCUUAGAAGAAAUACAUGAAGUGGUAGAGGAAAUGGUAAGUGCUCUUCAUGAGUCAGAGAGAAAACUAACUGAGCAGCUAAAGAGGGUCACAAAUGUUAAACUAAAGGUGCUGUCAGAGCAGGUCAAAUCAGCAAAAAUGAGUUUAAGUCUUCUGAAGGAUGUUGGUGAUUAUGUGGAACAGAGUCUGAAAACAAGCAGCCCUCAAACAGUUCUGAGGUCUAAGAAACAGAUGUUGGAGCAUAUGAGUGAAGUCACUGCAGGGAUCAAUGUGGAGGAGUUACAUCCAAAAGAAAAGGCUGACUUUGCGUUGAGUAAAAGUAUGAAAUCACUGCAUCGCAUUGGAGAUAUUAUUUCAGGCAAUAUUGGACUACAGCAGUGUCGAGUGAAGAAAAUUGAUCAUAUCACACCUUCUGGAAAAGCAGUUUCAUUUUCAUUAUCAAUAGAAGUACCAGAUUUAUCACUUUUGUCUGUUCCCCUCUCUUCUCUGAAGUGUAGUCUAGUACCAGUUGGUAAAGGUGAUCAACCCAUUAACACUACAGUCACCACCAGCACUGAUCCUGGAGUGUAUAGGAUACAGUGUAACCCUUCAACCAGUGGUACUCAUGCAAUAAAAGUACACGUAUAUGAUGUUCAACUUCAGGAUACCUCAAUAGUCAUUCCUUUCAAUCCUUACCUUGAUAACAUCACUCCGGAACGUACUAUAACUGAGCUUAAUGGGCCCUGGACAGUUGCUGUUAGUGAUGACAAUCAUGUUAUCAUAACCGAGUAUUAUGGUCACUGUGUAACAAUACUGGAUAAAGAAGGGAAGAAAGUAAAAUCAUUAGGAGGGGAAGGAGGAAGUGGCAAUGUCAAGUUUUCUUAUCCUCUUGGUAUAGCCAUUACUCCAGACAAUUUUAUUCUUGUGUCUGAUAGUGACAGGAUCCAGAAGAUAAGCAUGGAUGGAUACCGUAAAGCAUCAGUUGGUAAAAAGGGCAAUAAGCAACUACAAUUCCACUCUCCUUCUGGUAUAGCUAUUUCUGCUAUAACAGGACAGGUUUAUAUUGCUGAUAAGAUUAAUCAUCGCAUCCAAGUCUUGAAUCCUGAUCUAACCUUCUCUCGUUCAUUCGGUAGUGAAGGAUCAGCUAGUGGACAAUUUCAGUAUCCAUGUGACAUUGCUAUUGAUUGGCAAGGUUUAGUGUAUGUUGCUGAUUUUUUUAAUAAUCGCAUUCAGAAGUUCUCUUCUUGUGGAAAGUUCAUAACAGAAUUUGGUGACAAAGGAGCUGGUUCUGGAAGUCUUAAUGAGCCAAAUGGUAUAACAAUAGACACUGCAGUUAGUGGCCUAGUGUAUGUUAGUGAAAGGAGUAACCACUGUAUCUCCGUAUUUAAUAAUGAAGGUGUAUUUAUUAGUAGUUUUGGAAGGGAAGGUAGUAAUGUUAAUGAGUUUUAUGAGCCAUUGGGAUUAACAUUUGAUAAAAAUGGUUCUUUGUAUGUUUGUGAUCAUCUUAAUACACGACUUGUUGUAUAUUAAUUUGGGACAAUAGUUAUUUGCUGCUAUUUUAAUUUUUGUAACGAUAGAGUGGUUGUGAAAGACUUGAAUUUUUUAAAACUUAUUCAUAUUCAUUAGUAAAUGAUUCGUCAAGA